CAGUCCUCUGAGAGGUCAUUAUUUAUUUAACGUGUUAUAUUUUACCUUGCAUUGUGACAACAUAGGUGUUUUUCUGGCUUCUGUUUAAAAGGCUUUGGGCGGGGAUUGGUGCGCGGGCCGGGUCCGGCACGGUCGCCGUCGUCUGUGCUCUUGUUGGGAACGGAAGGGUCGGCGCUAGUAACUGAGGCCAGACGAUAUAGACUUCAACGACGGACGUACUCAUAUUACCUCCUCCUUUUCUGCUCCACAAGACCAUAAUGCAUAACCAGCGCAAAUCAGUAUGGAAGAUGUGACAAAAUCAGCUGGGGCUGAAAUAGCAAAAGCGGCAUUACACAAUCAUGAUGAACUGGAUUCCGAUUCGUCAUUUGAAUCAGCGUCAAGUGAUAUCGAAAUCGUGGAGGAUUCGUCAAAUAACACAGAGGACUUUACAAACGAUGUCGGUGGAAGUAGACCAAGAUUAUUAGAUAUCUCAGAGAAUGAAACUUAUGAUGACCUCAGUGCAGUAAAUAACGGUAAUAACUCGAAUAAGAUUGCAGUCGAAGAACUCUCUUUACAAACUAGUGCCAUACGCGCCGGAAUACAAAAUGAACUCGAUGUGAAUGAUUCAGAACGAGCUCUUCUUUUUUUGCGAACCAUGUGGAAUUCAACACAAAACUGCCCCAGCAUCAACGUUUUGCCCUAGUUGUGAAAAUGAGAUGUUAUGUGAUAUAUGUUCAGCAAUUCAUAGGUCGUUGCCUAUUACGAAAUCACACGAUCUUGAAGAUAUAUCUGAACAUCCAGCAAACAAAAGGAGUGGAGCUAUUCUCCCUUGCAGCUUAUGUCUCUUGCAGAACCUAGAAACUGAAGCAAACUUUGAAUGCCAGCAGUGUGAAGCCAAUUUAUGUGAUUCUUGCAUUAAUCAACAUCGGGCACAAAAGGCAACACGCUCACACAAAAUUAUGCCAAUUAAUGGAGCAAUCAAACAAGAGCCGAUUCAUGCCAUCAACCAGAAUGAAAUGUCCGCAAAACAAACCACACAUUUAGCUAAAGGCGCACUACAGUUGAAAACACCCGGACGUCCUACGGCUCUUGAGGUAACAUCAGACUCGAUAAUGCUUUCCUGGACAAAGCCUUCGUUUUUCGAAGAAGGGGAUUAUUUUCAAAUAUGCUACAAGGACGUCAUGCAAGGAGCAAAAUGGAAGGUGUAUACCGGAGAAUUCACAGAGUGCACACAGGUUCUUACCGAUGUUAGGUCAAAUACAGAGUUUGUGUUUCGGUUGAGAGUAGUUUGCAACGAUGGCGAGGGACCUUACAGCGAAGAAAGCGACGUAAUUAAAACGCAUGUUUCAACCGCUUCUCGUUUGGUUGGAUUCUCAGUUCGUCUUGGUGCGGAGGCUGUGUCACCGAUACGGUAUGCUUUACCAAUGUGUGAAGUAAAAGGAGCACGAAACGGAAAAGCAAAAACGAGAAAAUUUGAAGUUGGCUCACCGAAAGAUGCUAAUUGGCAGGAAAAAACAAUUUUGAUGAUAGGUGAAACAGGAACAGGAAAAAGUACCCUCGUGGAUGGGUUGGCAAACUUCAUAUUAGGGGUAACAUGGAAUGAUAAUUUCAGGUUUACCAUUGUCAAUCUGGAAGAAGAAGAACAGCAAAAGAUUAAAAAUCAGGCACUUUCCCAAACUGAGUGGAUAACAUGCUAUACCAUUCAUCCGCAAGAUGGAAGCAGAUUACCGUACACUAUCAAUAUUAUCGAUACUCCCGGUUUUGGUGAUACACGGGGCAUUGAACGGGACCAGGAAAUCGUGGAACAAAUUCGAGAGUUGUUUUCAGCGAAACCGCCAAUGGGUGUCUUAUACAUAGAUGCCGUUUGUUUUUUACUGAAAGCACCGGAUGCUCGAUUAACGCCAAUUCAAAGCUACAUAUUUCAGUCGAUCAUGUCAUUAUUCGGAAAUGACAUAGAAAGUAACAUAUGUUCUCUGAUCACAUUUGCAGACGGCAUGGAUCCUCCAGUGUUCGCCGCUUUAGAUGAGUCUGGAUUACCCUUUGGUGAAAAAUUCACAUUUAAUAAUUCUGGGCUGUUUGCGAAAAAUACAGAUCUUUCUCAAACAUGUUUAUCGCCGAUGUUUUGGGACAUGGGGCUUGUCAGUUUCAGAAAGUUCUUUAAACAUAUCGAUACUUUGGCGACAAAAAGCUUGCAACUAACCAGUGAUGUGCUAUAUGAGAGAUGUCGCUUAGAAGCAACGAUCCGAAACCUUCAACCAAAACUCGACGUUGGUCUCAACAAGAUCAAUGAAUUGAAAGCAAAAAUUAAAUUCUUUGAAGACAAUAGGUCCAUCAUAGCCGACAACAAAGAUUUUACAUACGUAGUUAUGACAACUAAGCAUAUGAAAAGAGACCUACCACGUGGUCGUCAUGUCACAAACUGCACACAUUGCAAUUUUACAUGCCAUGAAAAUUGUAAGUAUGCAAAUGACGUUGACAAAAUCAAUUGUUGGGCAAUGACAAAAGGGUUUUGUAGAAUUUGUCCUGAGAAGUGCAUUUGGAAUCUACAUGCCAAUACGCCAUACAUAUUUGAAUUUCUUCUUGUCGAAGAAUUUAAAACCUACGCAGAAAAGAAACACAAAUAUGAAGAGGCGUCUGGAAAGCUUCUUUCUCAAGAACAGGUGUUAGAAAAGAUGGUAGAGGAGCUUGACGAAAUGGUUGAUACCAUCGAAGAUAUGAUGAUUGUUGUACGAAAUUGCAACACCCGUCUAGGUAAAAUUGCCUUGCGCCCAAAUCCGCUGUCCAUGGUCGAACACAUUGACCUGAUGAUUGAGAAUGAAAAGCUGCAGAAGAAGAAGGGUUGGUAUGAGAGAGUUCAGACGCUGUAUCGGUUCCGUAAGCGAGCACAGGUCGCUGAUGAAGCGGAGAUGUUUCAUAAGGAAGCGCAAAACCUUGGUGUGACCGGAAAGAGACGUAAGGACAAAAGGACUGUUUUCCAACGAUUUCGGGAUUUAUUCGGUUUCUAAGUGCCGGAAAAGGACACAAUAUGUAUUGAGUGUCGACCGGUAUUUGUAAUGCAUGUCUGUUUUAUAUCUUAAGAUUAUCAAGUCAUGAAUGUUCAACUUGUUUCAUCCUAGCGUACAUGUAAUUGCAUAUUAGGUUCACGACACGGUUUCGCUUCAAUGAUGUUUAAUAAACGGUUGCAUUUAA